CUGAGCAUGUAUCAGAUGCUAAAUUCUAGUCUGUAUUAGUUAUGCUUGCUCUAGAGAAAUCCAGUAUCGCUUCUUCAAAUUCGAACAAGGCUACGUUAUCUCAGGACAUUCUUACGACAAAGCGAAAAAGAUGCAUGUCUAUCGACGAACGAAAUCAAUUCGUUGGGAAACGACUGAAAAUAGUAUACAUAGCAACAUUACCACAGAAUCUGACAAAAUUACCGCGAAACAGUCAGAUUGGCAAUGCACUAUCUAUGGCAAAGCCAGAAACAAUAAAUAGCGACACUAACACCAAGCUUGGAACGACCAAAAAUACAGAUAAAAUUCAAAUAAACAAUGAAAACAAUCAAAUUGCUUCAGAAUGGAAUGAUAAGGUUAUAAAUGGUGACAUGUUAAAAUGGAACAAAAAUGUCAAUACAACCAAUUCACAGGUGCUACAGAGUCAAAAUCCAAUGCAGUAUUCGACUUCGAAAGAGUGCAAAAAAUAUACAACGUCGACUGGAGGUUCAACUAUUACAGGAACAGAGAAAGAAGGCUGUACGUUAUCUGGAGCUAAAGUGAUUUUAUCAAAACAAACCCACGCAUCACACGCGACAGACAAUAUUUCUAUGGAUAUAAAUGGAACUGAAAAUUCCCCUAGAAUUCUGAAUUCAUCGCAAGUCAUUGGCACAAUUGAUAGUGGGAAUAUUCCUUGUGAAUAUGGACAGAAAAUCAAUGAAUCAAUGCAAAAAGAUCCCUUUAUGUUGUCAGAUCGAAAUACCAUUGACAAAGAAAAACUUUCUCGAAGCGUGAUAUUAAAAUCUCAAAUUCGUAAUCAUGACAGAAUAGACACAAAUAACGGAAGUGCUGUAGCAUCAGCGGAAAAUACUUCGAUAGACAAUGUGAACUGUAUUGAAUUGACGAGAAUACCAGUGAAGCUGGAAAAACAAAACGUUGUUGCAGACUCAUCUAAUAUUUCCUGUCCCAAUUCUAAGUCAGGCUCCGAACGAUCUACCUCAUAUCUUAAUUCAACUUCAAGGUGGCCUCAUGAAAAAAGCAACAACAACAAAAAACAAUCCGUUGUAAACAUAAGCACAAUAUCUCAGAAAGAUCUAAUGAAAUUUUUGAGUCGCUACAAUCUCACCCUAAAAGCUGUUCCCGAGAAUACUUCUUGCACUGUGAAUAUGGGGUUGGCAAAAUUUCGCACUGUGAGCGUCGAUUCAAAUCGACAAAAUUCUCAUUUAUCGAGUUUGGGACAAUUAAGCGACGCAUCUAAUGCUAAGACUUUCAUUCUCUCUGACUCAGAGACAAUUCAAAAUAAGUUUCAACCUGGGUCAAAUGAAACUGGCAAAAAUCCCGUUGCCAAUAGAAAACUUCGAUACGAAGGUAACACAAUUUUCAGAAGUACGCCCCAAGGAACUUUUAGCGAUUGGAAAAUAGAAGGUGCGCGUUCAGCAAAAUUGUGCAAAAGGCGGUCACGUGUUCGGUUCAAUGGCAAUAUUGGUCGCAUAUGUAAAAAGUCAAUGAAAAUACGUAACUCAGCGUGUUUUGAAUAUACCGAAACAGGUAACAAAAAUCUAUUGAAAAAGAGUAAAAUUGCCGAUGUAGCGCAACCCACUGUAAGUACGUAUAAUAGAUCAGAAACUCCAGACACAUCUGGAUUUGAAUGCCCAUUUAAGAUGUUCCCUCUUUCGAAUGCAUUUCGGGACUUGGAACUGAGAGACAAGGCGACAAGAGAAACUCUUGAGACUUCAAAAGAUUUUAAUAAUAGCGUUUCUGUAGGGUCAGCUACUGGACAAUACCUCCGUACCCUUUCACCAACAAUGACUAGUCUUUUCAACGACGGAAGCUGUUUGCUUAAUGCCGGGGAAUUCCAUGCAGAUCCAGUUUUAACUUCAGCAGUCGCUUUUAACAGCACGGAGACAGUAGCUGGCGAUUUGAGCGACGAUUUCGUAAUUAAUCAGGUGUUGUUAUCUCCUGUAGUCAGUAAAAAUAAAUCCCUAACUUGCCGGAAUUUUACGUGCCUAAAAAGGAAAACGAGUGUUUUAGAAAAAGAAGAUAUCACGACAAGCAGCAGUGAAGAUAACAAAUCACAAAGCGUUGGUGAAUCGACUAACAUAACAGAAUUGGCUUCAGAAAAUUUAUAUGGGUUUCCUGUCAGCGAUAUGGAAGAUGAGGCUAGUAAUUCAAUUCCCAGCAUUGAUCUAUCCGCACCAAAGUGCUCGGUUGGUGAUAGUUCCACAAAAUAUUGCGUCAAACGUUCAAAAUCGACAACUACGCGGGAUAAUAUUGCUAUGACGUUAAAGAGUAAUAAAUACGGUUGCAAUAACUCUACAAACAAGUCGAAUUUAUGUCACCGUGGAACGAAAAAUUGCGUUUCAACAGUGUCAUCAGCAACGCUAUCUUCUUGCCAUUGUUCUACUGAUGCGUGCGUCGUGUCACAUGACUCAAAUACGUCGUCGAGAUCGGAAAGAACGCAAGUGGGAACGGAAUUUAACAAAAAGAAUAAAGACAUUACUCAGCAGCAACUUAGUAAAUACCCAACAAAGGCAAUUGAAAAGUGGUCAUCAGAAGAGGUAGCAUCGUGGCUCAACGAUACAAUACGACAUUAUGAGUUAGACAAAACAUCAUUGUGCACUAACCUAGAUUCAAAAAACGUCGAGAACCAGAAACGCACAGGAAACAUUUUUUCUGGGAGCUUCCUCAACGGCCGUGCUUUAACGUAACUUGGAAUUAGAUAAGUUUCACGAAUAUUGUAAAAACGAUUUAUUGUUAGCUGAACACCUGAUCAAAAAGGUGAAAGAGCUUUUGACUUUUUUGAAUGGUAAAUCGGAUUCAGAAAGAGAAAUAAACGAAAACGAAAUGUAUCAUCAGUACCGUGGACAAUGCGUCGUUGUGAAUCCUAAUUGUGUUCCAGCAACAAGCGUAGAACAGCUAGAAGAAUCAGUAAAUUUUGAAGGUGAGGUAUAUUUGCUCUAGGGGAAUGAAUAUAUAUAUAUAUAUAUAUAUAUUGUGUUAUAUCUCAUUUUAUUGUAUGAAUAAUUUUGUAUUGUUAAUUUGUUUUGGGCCGCGGUUGAUUUCGGAGUUUAAUAGAUAAAACAUGUCAUAAGCCUCAAACCAUUGUAUUCAUAAUUUAUAAAUAUAAUUGGUUAUAAUCUGAUUUAUGAAAAAUUUCCACAGACCUUUUUUACCUUUCUAGUGAAUAGAAAGGUAUUUGCAAUAUCUAAUUUAACGUGGCCGUUUUGACAAAAGCUUGCGCAACUUAUUUAUUCAAAUGUUAUUCAAUUAAGACGACGAUUGCUCAUCCAUUGUCGUUUUUGUACCAAGUCAUAUGCUAAGUUAAUUUGGCUAAAUUUAAGCGCAUUGUAUUCCCCCAUAUCACUUUGUUCUAAAAUCAUUCUAAUUAUUUGACAAUCUGAUGUUUUUGAUAAUUUUUUCAUCGCGAGAUUG